AUGGACUCCUUGAAUUGUCCCGUGAAUGGUAGAUCUUUCCCCCUGAUUCCCUGCCUUCCAUCAUUAGGUCAUAAGCUGGCUGAAAACGAUCCUGAAGAGCUUUAUACAUUGCUUGAAAAGCUUGGUACCGGUUCCUUUGGAACUGUUUAUAAGGCGUAUGUGUUUUGGGGGAAAGAAACCAGUCAAGUUGUUGCUAUUAAACAAAUUAACUUGGAGGAUUCAGAUGAUGAUAUAAGUGAGAUUCAACAAGAAAUAGCGGUGUUAUCACAGUGCGACUCACCGUAUAUCACUCGUUAUUAUGGUUCGUAUGUUAAAGGAUUUAAAUUAUGGAUAGUAAUGGAAUAUCUUUCCGGCGGAUCAUGUUUGGACCUGCUCAAACCCGGUCCGUUUGACGAACAACACAUUGCUAUCAUUCUCCGAGAACUCUUAUAUGGCUUGGAGUACUUACAUAUUGAAGGAAAAAUACACAGAGACAUAAAAGAGGUCAUUAGACAGGCAGGAUACGACCAUAAGGCAGAUAUUUGGUCGUUAGGAAUUACAGCCAUUGAAAUGGCCAAAGGAGAACCACCUUUGUCAGAAUAUCAUCCAAUGCGCGUGCUGUUUUUAAUUCCAAAAGCAAAACCACCGGUACUUGGGGGAAGCUUUUCUAAUCCAUUCCAGGACUUUGUUAGCUUGUGUCUGAUAAAAAAUCCAGAGGAUGUACGGAAUCUUAAUCAGUCA